AUGACCAAGCGAACAAAGAAGGUCGGUGUUACCGGUAAAUACGGUACCCGUUACGGUGCUUCCCUGCGAAAGCAGGUCAAGAAGAUGGAAGUUACCCAGCACGCCAAGUACACCUGCACUUUCUGCGGAAAGGUCACCGUCAAGCGACAGGCUACUGGCAUCUGGGAUUGCAAGUCUUGCAAGCGCACCGUUGCUGGUGGUGCUUACACCGUUGCCACACCUGCCGCUGCCGCCAUGCGAUCGACUCUGCGACGUCUCCGAGAGAUUGCUGAGGUUUAA